UCAUGUGAAUUCUUGAACGUUAAUGUCUUCAUCUGGAGAAGUGCCCUCUUGCUAACUUGUGCCAUCUUUCUGCAUACUUCACCCCUUAGUAUUCGCGCCAUGGGAACAACAGAGUAUGGCUUUGCGUCAGUGAGUGAAAGCUAUGUCUGCAUCCGGUUGCCUUGGCUGGCCUUCCUGGCCACACAAGUGGCAAUAUCAGCAAUGCUUGUCCUAGGGAUCGUAGUUCAGACGGCAGUUUGGAAGGUGGUGGUCCUCAAGAGCUCAGCAACCGCCACGCUGCUCGCUAUCCCGGCAGAUGCCAAAGCCAGCUUUGAGAGAAACAGGUCAGAUACCACGGCUUCCGGAGGGACUCGAGGCGCACAAAGCAUAACAUUCAGGUUCAAGUCCAGAGAUCAAGGCUGGGCCUUGGUGUUCGGCCGCAGUAAAGAAGAUCUGGCGUCGGUGGAGUGGUGAUUCUCUUAUCUUAUGUACUCGCCUGGGCGAAAGGCGAGACAAUUCACGCCUUGCUCCCUUGCUUUGGCAUGUGAUGCCUGCUCCUUUCCCGAGGUGGGGGCCGUCGGGACGUUUAAUCUACCGUUACUG